AUGGCGUCCGCUUUUCCUCGAGAAAGAAGUACUAAAGAUGUUAUAAAUACAAUACUAGAUGACUAUGAAAAAUUGACAAAGUAAGUAGUUAUUAAUAGCAUUUAUUAAGCUAACUGUAGAAUACAUGUUUAAUUACCCGGGUGUGAGGGUUAGUCAUGUAACAGCCGAAAAUUAUAAGGUAGGGUAAUCUAUAUAACUUUUUUCUUUUGGAUUUAUUUUGUUUGUAUUUCAAUUACUACGUAUUCAAAACUUUCAUAGUGAACAGAAUUUCACAUGCCAGUACAUACAUACUAUAUAACUCAAGGAUGUAUUUGACCGUCCAGCCGAGUGGACGUGCAAAAUAACUCUGUUACUGACAGUGGCUCAGACUUAUUUACUAGUUCUGAAGGUAUCGUCAAAGUUGUACAAGCUUUUGAAACGUCAGUUACAGUCUCUAACAGUAUUCAGUAUUCACGCAACUGCAUUCAUAUGGUCUUCUUGAAAGUUAUUAUGUAGAAUUCAGCAGCUAUGUUAAGUUCUUGCAGAAUAGCUCUGUCUUUGCAUCUCUAAACUCAGUCGUUCUCAGGUAAAAUUGAAAAAACAAGUCCCCCAAAAAUCUGUCAGCUGUCUGUCGGAGUUCACUGACAGAUGACCAACAGCUCUCCAACAAUCAGCUGACAGAUUAGAACUAGCCCUGGUUUAUUACAGAAAACAGAUUAGAUACUGAAACUCUCUCUUUUACCUCCGAGCCAAAAAAGUGUUAGGCAAAUGGUCGGGCAGAAUGCUCUAACAAAAAUCCUUUUUGUAGCAAAGCUGACCUCUGUUCAGCAAAUUAAGCCUCAGAGAUAACAAAACUGUAAUAUUUUUGUGAGUUUUUGGGGUAGUCUCUAGCAUGAAUGUGUGUUAUCCUCAUAGAGUAAUUUAACUAAGGAGUUUGUUCUAAGAAAUCUCAGGGCUUUUCCUGGAGACCUUUUCUGACUCUUCUGAUCUUUCCUGGAGUCUCAAGCUAAAUUUCUGAAGGUCUAAAUUACACUUCCCAGAUCUGGAAGUGUGCUAUGGUUGGUCUACUUUUUUAAACCCUCAUUUCAGCAGAUGUUUGUUGGGGAGGAUUUGUGUGACAAGCCAAAAGAACGUCUGCAUGGAAGGCUACAGUACUCACACUUUUGAUUGUUUUAACCUACAAUUCAUAAUGAACCUGAGCCCCAUGUUCAGACUAUUUACUGAUAAUAUUACCAUAGUAACUGUCAGAAUUUCUGUUUUUAGGGAAUUAUUUGAGAGUCUAUCAGCGGCUUCUCUUUACCGAACAUCAAAACAAGAUGCUAGUUCUGGGGAUAUGACAAAGGUAGCUGAAUUCUGUGCCAUUUUGUUUUCUUAUUGACUUGUUACUCAUUACAGAAAUGUGCCCAUUGAUAAUUGCCGUCCGUGAAAAGUGGGGUACCCAUUAGGCCUUGAGAACAAAAACGAGGUUUCAAAGGCUACCUCCAUUUUCAGUCUCUUUUGAACUUUAUGGCAACUAACAAUAAUUCUCACACUUUCCAGAAACAAUGUAAAAACAAUACGAGUAGGCUACCAUUGUUUUAAGUGUUGGAAUGUCUUUGUCAUCGCUACAGAGAAGGAAAUAUUUAUGCAAAAAGAAGCAUUUUCUUUUGCACUUGCUAAAAAUUAAAUUGUCCUGAAUUCGGUAGUCUCAUGCAAAUCAAGUCAAUUGCAAAACUGUUAAAGCUAAUCAGAAAUCAAAACUCUUCUUCUCGAAAAUCAGUCAGUGAAUAAUAGCCAAAUGUUGCGGGUGUCCGAGGAAGAACAAUAAUUACCAGAAAAAGGAAAUACACAGCGGAUUUCUUGAUUGACCCUCUUGCAACGUCACUUUUCUUUUUUUGUAUGACAAUUAUCAAUGCGCAAUAUGUUGCUGUAAUGCCCCAAACCUCUUUUAAAUAAUUCCACAAGUUUUAAUUUAAAUUAAGGCGGUCGAUCAGCUCAUUGCAAAGGACAGGGAACUACAAUUGGCUGUCAAACAAGUGCAAGAACAACAGGCAAGACAGAAGGAAAUCCAAACAGUUAAAGAAGACAUUUCCAAGAAAGAUCAAGAGAUUCUUAAUCUAGAAUCUCAACUUAAGGAAGCUGAAAAGAUUCUAGUGAGUAUGUUAAAAAGUAACUCAUCUUAAAAUAAAGGCUUUUCGAUGGGCUUGUUUUGAAAAGCUAACCCAGGGCUAUCAUUAGCAGCUGGCAACUGGUCUUUAUAAUCAGCUGCUAUAGUAAAAAUGGCUUAGUAUUCUAAGGGCCUGUCCUCACUAAUGCGUUUUCAAAAGCAUGUGUUUUCGUUGUGCUUGAAAAUGCAUCAAUGGAUUUACGUCCACCCUACCGUUUUGAUGUUUUCAACUGUCCACUAAAAUGUUCAGAAACAGUACAAUUGCAUGUUGUGACGCAGGUUGAACUCUAUGCGCAUGCUGCAAACACACACCUGCAACAUUUUCUUUCAUUUUGAUGAAUUUUUGACCUUUUUUGGACCAUCCACACUAAUACAGUAUGUACAUGUAUGCAUUUUGAUCCAUUUUCAAGAGCUUUUUCAAAUGGAUGGGUUUUCGAUGAAAAAUAAUGCCCUGCAUAUUAGAAUUGUAUGCAUUUUCAAAUGAAAACACAGAAGUGUGAAUGGGGUCUAAGUUUGAAAAUAAGUAAAACACUAGUUACUGUUCAUUAAUUUUUGGCUGGCUACAUCCCCCUAAUGAAGGCCAUGCUAAGCUCUUUUCAGUUACUUAAAAAGCAAAACAAAGAAUACCCAUAUAGCACAUUCUCUUUCAAGGGAAGGUUCUAAGCACUGUCCAUAGAAUGCUUAAUCAACAAUGACAGCAACAGCUAUGAAAACAUCACUAAAAAAGUGAAUUUGCACUACUUCCAACGUUAUCAUGCUUAUUCCAACUCGUUCAGUACGUCAAAUUUUUCUGGAGUUGAAUUCUAAAAGACUAUAUCAAAGUUCAAGAAGAGUAAAUAAAAGUCGUUGUCUAAUUGUGUUCACGUCCUCGACAAAACGUGAAGUUAGGCACUUUCACAUUUUAGUCAUGCAGUGAUGGCAAAGAAAUGCACAAAAAAGCAUGAUGCAUAUGCAAAGUUGUUGUCUUGCCAAUCUAAACCUAUCGCUUUUUUGCCAUUCUUGUUGCUGCCGCCGUUGUCUUUGCUUAAGCUCCGUAAUAUUUUAUUUCUGGUACUUAAUUAACAAGUGACUGUUUCCCGAUGAUCUUGUAGUCCCAAGCGUUGUUCCAAGCAAAGAAAAAGUUAUCUGCCAUAAACCAGGCUAAUAAAGGUAAGGAUUAACAUUUUUAAGUUCGUUUAUUAGUAAUAUCAACCUCUUUACUCCAGAAAGAGGUUAAAGACAAAAUAGGGCAAAAUUUCUAAAUUUCAAUUUGGAAAGUCCUGGAAAACAAAUGGUACUAAAUAAAGAUACUGCUGAAGAGAAUUUAUUUCAAUGGUAAAUAUCAAAGAAAUUCGUUCGCUGAAUCAAAAGUUAGAACCAUCUCAUAAGAUCCCAUUAAUCACUCUGUUACUGAAAGGGUAUAAUUUUGCAGAGGUGUGGGUGUCCUUGUCAAGGAAAAGAAAGCAUUGCAGAAUCUAUACACUAAUUUUGUAAAUGCAAAAUGUUUUCUUUUUCACAGGAAUAGUUUCUUCUGAAGAGCUCAUCAAGUAUGCUCAUCGAAUUAGUAGUAGCAAUGCUGUAGAAGCACCGGUGUCAUGGAUGCCAGGUCAGUUAUUCAAAAUCUCCCAAGCUGCCUUUUGUUAUUUCUUAUUUCACUCCUAGGGAGGACUUGGAACAGCAAAACCUUUGACUUUGCUUAAAAAUAUGAAAUCCUAAAGUUUAUUUUGUGAUUUACAGUUAAGUGAAUGAUGCGGUAACGAAGUGCUGCUAAGAGGUUUCAUUGUAGUGGUCACACCAUUGGAUUUCAUCCACAGACUUAGAUUUGUAGACUUGAGAACUACUUUGUAAAUAAACACUAUGAUGUGAAGGUACUGCCAAAAAGGUGUUGUUUGAAUCUUAACACCAUAGGUUUUAAUCUACAGACUCAAAAGUUAGAACUACAUACUAUUAAGAAGUAUAGUAUAAAAGUACUGCCAAAGAAGUUUCAUUUGAAUGGUAACACCAUAGGAUAUCAUCCAUUGACUCAAACAUUAGAGCUAUGCACUAAAUAAAUAGUACCAUGUGAAAGUACUGCUGAAAAAGUUUCAUUUGAAUGGUCACAUCAUAGGAUUUCAGCCAUUGACUCAAACACUAGAGCUACAUAAUAAAUAGUACUAUGUGAAAGUACUGCUGAAGAGGUUUCAUUUGAAUGGUAACUAGAACUACUGUACAUACUAAAUAAAUAGUACUAUGUGAAAGCACUUACUGAGAGCUGGUAUCAUGUGUCCUGUGUGGUCGCACUUUAGGAUUUCGUCCACAGACUUAAAUGCAGGCUGUCUCAAAUGUUAAAACUGUCUCCUUGAAUGAAAAUUUUGCUAGUACACUGUAGUUAUUAUUUUAUUAAACCACUUAUUGUGUUCAUGUAGGAGACCCUCGGAGACCAUAUCCUCAAGAUAUUGAGAUGCGAUCAGGCUUGCUUGGCAGACUUGGGGAAGAUGUUGCUAUGGAAACUGAACAACCCGUGGGAGAUUCAAAUCUGCAAGAAUUUAUGCAGCCUUCUUCAUCUACCUCAAAUUCACAACCAGCAAAUGCUCUUGGUAAGGUAUUAGCAGACAAAUUACAAUGUAAUGUGUCCUUUUUUGCCUUUUAACUACAAUGGGUCAAGCCUUAUACGGGGUUUUCAAUAAGAUUUUAAGUACGUGGAAAAUGCUUUGGAGAAGGUGUAGAAGGAAAAAACUUGUGGCAAAGGUGCAACUUGCGAGUGCCGAAGGCGCAAGUUUGGAAACAUUUUGAAAUCUGGGCUCCUUAAAUUUUAUGCAUUUACAGCAUUCUGGAGCAGAAAUUAGACUGUUUGAACAGAACACAGACAUCAUUAAAUUGUGGCUUUUUUAUUCAGUGACAGAACAUGAAUACUCUAUACACUGGGGUAAUUUCCAAAGAAACGUAGGUGGUGAGUUCACGUGAAAUAGUCGGCAAAUUUCUCCAGCCACUAGCUCUUAUUGAGAACCCUGCUAUAUCCAACCAUUCAUUUAACCACCCUAUUCUUAUGACCAUAUUCUUUCAGCUCAAACUUGUUCCUUGUGAAGCUGCAGUUCAGGGCAAAAUUAGUUGAGACACUUUGCCCCAAUGGGCCUUUAACUGACAUUUGUCAAACUUAAAAAGUGGAAAGAAAAGCUUUCCCUUCCCCCACCCCCUCCAUGCAAUGUUGUGUUGCUGUUCAAGCUACCUGUAAGAAACAACAAACACCCAAACUUUGAAUGGAAGGGAGUGGAGGGGUGUGGAUUGUUUUUUUCUCCAAAGUUACCCCAUGAGAGAGGAUAGUGUCUUAACAAUUUUGUCACCUAUUGUGAGUUUAAAAGUUUGUCAAAAGUCACAUAGUACUUGGAUUACUUUAGCAUGGUGGGAUCUCACAUUCCCUUUACAUAUCACGAUGGUUUCCUGCAGUUGCUUAGCAACACAACUGCAACAAACAAAACAACAUGCCAAUACUUUGGAUAUUGUAAAGUACCAUAAGGAACAAAACCUUGCCUACAGCUGUAGUGCGAGGCGUGCAAACAACGUUUUGGACAAUUUCGGCUCUUUUGAGAAAAAAACAAUGCCCCGUUAACUUAAUUUGUGCCUUUAGUGGUUUCUAAAAAAAUGAUGUGAUUAUCGGACUUUUUAUUUUCAAAAAGGACGGGCAAAUGGUCAAGCUUCUUCCUUCUCGUGGCAGAGCAAUUUUUCUGGAGGAUCCACAUCAUUCCAGGUAGAUUAUAUUUAUUAGACUCGGCCUGCCAGUAGGCGUUUAUUCCUAGACUAGAAAAUUUUGACAUUUCACACUCACCAAAUUGCAUCUACCUGCUUGCAUAAAGGUUCAGAAUAAAGGUAAUAACUUUCACGAUUUUAAAGAAGUUUCGCCAAACCUGUUUACUCAAACUAGCCUGCGUGGCAGGUGUUCGAGGGGAGGGAAAAGGGGAUUUUGGGCGCGCGAGUAGGGCGCCCCUCGCGUUUCUCUCGCGCCCAAAAUCCCCUUUCCCUUUCCCUUCGAAAGCCUGCCACGCAGGCUAUACUCAAACUGGCAACUCACUUUGCAAAAAUGGCUUCUACAAUGACCUCUUCAAUUUGUUGAUUUUGGCAAAUUUGGGGCUUCAUAUCUUACUGUAUAUAAGAAGUUAAAUUAAAAAAUUAUUUUACAGUUUUAUUUAUUCAUAAUCAUUCGUAUAUUUUUUUAGCACGAUUCCUCCUCCGGCUUCGAUUUUAUAGCCAAUAACUUGACAAAGGAAGUAACAAAUGGCAACCAAGAUCAGGGUGUCGACGAAGUGGAAAUCAUGUCUUCAUCGUCAUCAUCGUCGUCUAGCGAUAGUCCAUAAAAAAAUCCGAAUUACUUGUUUCUUAAUUUUAACCUGUUAGUCCCUUUAGAGCCUGU